GCAACCUUGCCAACCACCACAGACGCUGCGUUGCAAACGCUCCUGCAGAGAUUUUACUCUCUCAAACUACUGGACUAUUAACGCUUUCACCAAGCUGGGAUUGUUUUCUGAUUUGCAAGCAUGAUUCCCGAGGAAAGUUUCGCCUCCGCAGAGAACAGGAUGCAGUCUGCAAGCUUGGCACUGGAGGAGUUGCUUGUAACUGCCCAGAAACAGCACUGCCUCACUGUUGGCAUCUAUGAAUCAGCAAAGCUCCUCAAUGCAGAUCCGGACAGCGUGGUCCUGUGCGUUCUGGCGGCCGACGACGAGGAGGACGUGGCGCUGCAGAUCCACUUCACGCUGCUGCAGUCCUUCUGCUGCGACAGCGGCAUCAACAUCCUGCGGGUCUCUGGGGUUCAGAGGUUGUGGCAGCUUCUGGGCGGAGUGGACGCCAACCGAAACCAGGAGGAGAGCGGAGACCUCCACUGCAUGCUGGUCACGAAUCUUCAGGUAGACCACUGCAGGCUACAGGAAGUUGGGACUUACUGCCAAGAGAGUCGACUCCUAGACCAGUGGGUUCCUGAGCUGGUUCUGCAGGAACGCUGAAGGGUCUGAAUAUCCCCAGAGACCCUAGAGCUUCUGGGUUGAAAUGAAAAAGAAAUGAAGGAACUCAAUUGUCAAGCUGCAAUAGUCCUGAGUGGACUCAAUGCUAGCACCCAGACUGAAGGCAGGACAAGCCUGAAACAUUCAUGAAGUUGCUGUAAAACAGUUGGACAUUUCUGCAAGACAUGAAGAAAGAAAACUGGCUUGACUGAGUUUCUUCUCCAUCAGGAAAAUAAUCUUAUGCAUGUAUUUUGGACUUCUGUUUGGGCUCUCACAAUGUUCAAGGACUGUUUUUAAAAAAAAUAAUCAUUGAGGGUUGCAGCAGACUGUGUCUUAUCCACACCUAGUUCAUACCUGGAAGAUUUGUAGGCUUUCUAUCUGGACUGAAAUGUUGUAAUAGUGAAUCUACUGUACAGCCAACAUUCCUAAGUGAUCAGAGUUGGGAGAGUCUCUGCGUAGAAAGGGCGUGCGUGAAAACAUGGUAUGCACGCACAAUGUCUUUCUUUAGAAACGCCUGGGUGUGCUGUGAGUGCGUUUUUGCAGAGAGCAGCUGAACCUGUGGAGGAGUGAUCGCUAUGGAAACUGAAACUGCUCUGUUAGAAGGAUCUGGCUGGCUUUGCAGAACGAAAAAAUUGCAAAAAAACAAACAAAAAAAAAGGUCUCAGGACCUGACGAUGUUUUUUUUUUGGUCUGAAUUCAAACCUCAGGGGGAUACAGAAUGAUCUGAUCAAGACCGUAAUGUAAUGUGCCUUUACAAACGUUGCCUAUUUUAUAACAAUAUGAAAAGUUUAAUUUAUUGUUUGUGUCAUUUGUUUUCCGGGUCUAUUCUCUUGUGCAAUAAGUCAAUAAAUUAUUGGAUUAAUUGAGAA